UUAUAAGCUCUAGAGCAUUAUUUUGCAAAAAUAAAGUUUAUGUUGGUGGAGUAUAUAUAAUUCUGAUGUUUGUUUCGGUUCAUUUACAAAAUGAUCAAAUGAUUGGUGGAUUAUUUACUCCAAUGAUGUUUUUAUUAUUAUUUGUUCCAUUUUUAUUCAUUGGACAAGUUUAUUUUAUUUUGGGUGUUAGUAGUUCUAAUUUGAAUAGUAAUAUUAUUUUGAGAUUGGCUGACUACGUUUUGUUGGUAGAAGAAAGGAUAGAUUUGUUCGUUAGAAAUUGA